UAAUGCAACUGGCUGUACGAGCGAUGCCCGCAUGAUGCAACCCGGUCCAUAGAUGCGCAGGCGCCCGUCGUCAGGCAGCUGAUCUCGGCGUGGACAAGAGAGGCCGGCCGCUGAACGGCAGCCCCGUCGCGGCGGGGGUUGCGUCCGCCUAGGGUGUUGGUCGGGUCUGCGGGGAAAGCGAUGCCGCGGCUGGGGACGGUGCAGCAGAAGAUCCCCUGUGCCUUCACCACCGAGCUGCGGCAGGAGGCGGCCACCAAGCGGCCCAACCAGGUGCUCCAGUUUCCUCCCAUGUUCCAAAGUAGUGGGUAUGCCUAAAAAACAUAGUGGAUACGGACCAGUCCAUCAUGGGUAAUCCCCCCCCCCCCCACCCGCCCAGCAUUGAACACAUCUACACAGAGGAGUGUUGCUGGAAAGUGGAAUCCAUCACCAAGGACCCCUCGCCAUCCAGGCCCUGCUGUCUUCUCGCUGCUGCCAUCAGGAAGAAGUCUUACAGAGUCUUGGCCAAUGGAGAGCUGAGUCCGACGGCGCUGGCAGCAAACAUCCACCAAGCAGUCGCUACGGAGAAAGUGGAUGGCACUUGCUGUUACGUCACAAACUACAAAGGUUUGCCAUUUCUCUGGGCCCGACUCGAUCGGAAACCGAUCAAGCAGUCUGAGAAGCGAUUCAGGAAGUUUCAAUUGUCAAGAUCCAGCACUGAGUUCACUUGGAAUAUCGACAGUGACUUCAGGGCAGUUCCUGAUGCCUGGAUUCCAGCACAUGGAGUUGCCCAGUCAGAAGGCAGACCACAGCCUGAUGAGAAUGGACACAUUCCUGGUUGGAUUCCGGUGGAGAAGGGAAGUAAACAAUAUUGUUGGCACCUUUCUGCCGUGAAUUAUGAAACUGGAUCCGCCCUGGUUUUAAGGCCAAGUUCUGGGAAGCAACUUCUAGAAAUUACUGUCAUUCCCUUAAUGGAGCUGCUGGAGCAGACACUGGAGCUGAUAGGAACUCAUAUCAACGGCCUUGGAAGCAAGAAGCAACCUCUCCACCUUCUGGUCUCCCACGGAUCGCUGCAGAUUGAGAAUCCCCCGCCACUGGACCUGAUGGAUUUGGUUGCUUGGUUUAAGGAGAGUGAGGAGGCGAAGGUGGAAGGCAUUGUGUGGCACUGUGCAAAUGGUGUCCUAGUUAAACUUCACCGACAUCACCUGGGCUUGGAAUGGCCACUCCUGCGGCCAUUCUUGUCCACUCGCCCUUUGUCCAUCAAUGUUGACCUGACCAAGUUCACCUGGGAUUUUGAAGCCAACUCCUCGUUUGUUGCCUUGGCCAGGCUCCAUGGGAAGCAGUUUGACCGAGUUAAAGAUAUUGCAUGGGAGGACAUAGAGAGCUGACGCGGCCUUAUCGUGUUGGUCAAGGAUUGUUUCAAGCAGGAUUGUUUCCUUUGAAUCUUGGGACUGAUCUCAGUUGGAGGAUCUGAUUUUGAUCAUUGGGGAUGUGUAGACUGCAUUAACCUGUAAGUGUUUCUGGUACCAAUGUAGUAUCCCCACAAUGUUUAGCAGACUAACAUACGGCCAACAUACACCAAGACAGAUGUAACAACAAUAAAACAAACAUCUUCCAGCCCCCACCCCCUCCACCACAUUGGGACACGCUGACCUCCAGAUCUGUAAAUCUUGGGCCUCCAUCCCCAGGACAGGCCACCGCUGGGCCUCAAACCUUCAGAUCUUAGACCUGGACUCAACAACCUUGGGGAUUGCAGGUCUUCAUUCCUCAGCACCUGACAACCCAACCUCUGUUCCCAUGGGUGGGAGGAGAACAUUUGAAAGAUGCGUUUGAUCACUUAAGACUUCAGUGCCUCAAAUUAAAUCUUUCUAUCUCCAUUAAGUAUUCCCUUAUUAUUGUCUUAUUUAAUGUAACUUGCUGUAAUUGAGUAUUAAAAUGUUGUAAUUUGGC